AUGAUCAAUAUCACUUUCCCCCAGGUGCGCGAUGACUGGAGUCUCGACGUUGUCAACAUCCUAGCCUUUUUGGGCGAGCACAACAUCAUAGCUUGCAGCCAACAGAUCUGCAUGUCCUGGACAUGUUUCCUUCCACGACUGAUUCCGGCGCCUCAAGGUCUCCUCGCUCAACGACCGAAGAAACUCGCAUCUGAGGACGAAACAACGGUUACAGGGGUAUGGACGGGAAACAACAGGCCGGUUUUGCAGUAUUUCGGUCGAAUGUUGCACACUGAUGGGUCUGACCUAUCACCCUUUACAACACGUCUACUCAAGAUCCAGUGGGAUUCCGCGAUUAAAGAUAAAAGUCUCAAGAAGAGAUACCCCAUUCGACCAAGAUUGUUUUCGCCGAUGAAUAUGAUCGCCGUUCUCAGCUGCGCAAUGACUUUCGGGCUAGCAGGAUGGGCGCUUGCGCUUGGAGAUGCAGUCGCUCUUACUGGUAUCCUAGUUAUGAGCUUCACGACACCUUUGCUAUGUCUCGGAAUGUGUUGGACACCACGAAUGGUUCCUAGAUAUCGCCCGACAAGAGGGCUGGUACCACCAGGUACGGUCGUUAUCAAGUCCUCGAACGGGUGCUUCACGGUUGUGGAAUGCGACGAACAAAUCGCCCGUCUUCUCUACUUCCAUCCUGAGUACAUCGACUACGCUGUCAGCUCCUUCACAGGGCGCGGUUUGAGCGGUACUGUGGGUGGGCUCACCCUUGUGGGCUCCAUCGUACUGUUUGGCAAUGCAGUAUGGGCUCUCAAAGCGGCACUCGCUGUCACAUAUACAGUCCUAAACCUUUUGUACUGGGUUGCCGCGAUUCUCCCGGUCCGCUUGUCAUGGCACAUUGACCUUACUGUCAGUCAACCAGAGAUCAUUGAAGAUCACUCAUUCACACAAUGCCUUUGGACGACAAUUUAUCAUACAAAGAAGAUUGAUUGGGCAAGAGAAUAUGUGCCUAAGACUGAAGUGUGGAAUCAAUGGCUGCUUGAAGCAGAGAACAAGGUCCGGCUUGGUGUAGAACUUGAGUCAUGGGACGCGUUUGGAGCUCUAAACUCUCUACUAAAAGAGCGACACAAGCCCGAGUAA